AUGGGCAGACCGCAACCAGAGAGGGACGACACGUUGUACGACCUGCUCUGCCUCCUCUACCCGGACGCGGUGGAGCGGGCCCAGGCCGCGGUGCGCCUGGCCGUUCGCACCUACACGCCCGAGGGCGGUGUGGUGGCGCUGCCGCCACCAAUCUCGACCACUGCUGCUCUUCGAACGACACGGGCGCGAAUCGCGCCCAAGGAAGAAGAUGAAAGCGAAGAUGGUGGAUUCUACGCGGCCUACCCCACGCCAGCUGCGAACGAAACGGACGAAGAUGAAGCAGAAGAAGAUGAAAUUGAGCCAGAUGGUGGAGAGAACAUCGCGAAAGAUUCGGACGAAGAGGCGAGCUGCGAGUGGGUGUGGCUGAAGGACCGAGGCCUGAGAGAGCGGGCCAAGGAGGCCGAGCAGGAGCGCGCCACCUCGAGAAAGCGACGAAGGCACACCAUCGCCACCACCUCCAGCACCACCUCGUUGUCUGCUGGGACUGGCGAGGAGCACGCCAGCGGGAGCAGGAAGAAGCGAAGAAGGCGAUCUCCUGGCGAGAGCCGAUUCCUCGACGGUGCUCGCGUGCCUCUGCACGGCAGCGGCAAGGACGAGGGCAGCCUGCCCCUCGUCGCCGACGAAUACGAGCGCAACAAGGCCAAGGCCCUGCUGCGCGACAUGCGCGACUCGCUGGGCCUGCCGCCCGUCAACAACAAGGUGCGCAUGCUGCACUGGAGCCUCGAGGAGGGCCACGAGUACGAGCGCAUCAUGGCCGAGAAGAAGGGCGAGUUCAUCCGCUGGAUGGACGAGCAGGGCCUCCGACCCACCACCGUGCGGGCCAAGAAGCGGCUGUGGGAGUACCUGGGCGACUUCCCGCAGGUGGCCCUGUGCCGCGUGGGCCUGCGUCGGUGGGAGCGCGGCAUCACCAUCCAGCUCCUGCGCGAGGCCAUCGACGCCGAUCCCGACGAGAAGGCCUUCUGGUCGCAGCCGCUCACCGAUCAACAGCGCGAGCUCAUCAAGCUGGCCGGGCCCUGA